AUGAAGAUUUCUGAUGCACAAAGUAUUUUUAGGACAAGGGAAUGGGAUACUGAUGCUGGACUAGGAGGUCUAAAAUCCAGUGCUUUGGGUUUUCAGUUGCUCAGACUAAAUGGAUACCAGGUUUCUACAGAUGUUUUCAAGGUAUAUCUGAAUGAAGAAGAUGAGGGUGGACAAUUAUUUGGUCUCUCUACUGAAACGUAUGAAGGCUUUCUCACAACCUUGGAUCUCUACAAAUGUUCUCAACUUGCCUUUCCAUGGGAAUCCGACUUAAUGGACCUGCUUGCAACAUUCACAGAGGCUCGACUGCAACAAGCACUUCUACAGAAUGGGCCUUUAGGCAUGUGCCAAAGUCUACUUGACUCUCCCGAGUUUCUCCCCUUGGGCAAUAACCGAAUUGAGUUUGCUUUAACCCACCCAAGGAAAUGGUUGCUGCCGAUGCUGAGACUCGAGUCCAGAAGCCUUGUUCGCCAUCUUUGGCCUGCACACAAAGCCAUUGAAAUAUACAUGGAGUUGGCUAUGCUUGAAAUGAAUAUUCUGCAAAAACUUUACUUAAAGGAGAUUAAACACCUAAACAGGUGGUGGGUGGACUCUGGGUUCAAUAAGUUUGAGUUUGCUCGUAACUGGGUUGUGAAGACUCACUUCACAAUUGUCGCCGGUCUCUGUGGACCCGAAUUCGCAGAAGCAUGUGCAGCAUUCACCAAGAUGGCGUGCAUCUCCGCAAUGCAUGAUGGUAUCUUCGACCUCCCUACCUCCAAGCUUGAGGAUCUCCACCUCUAUUUCCAUGCUGUUGAGAGAUUUAGUAACUCUGUCAAUGAAAUUGAAACAUACUGUAAUUUAAAAGCCAACAAGAGCAAGGAGUUUUUUCAAUCCUUACAUUCAGUGAACUUGAUAUCCUCACAUGUGAAAGAUGCAGAAUGGAGGCAAUCGGUUUACAUCCCAACUUUUGAUGAGUACACAAAGGUGGGAGCCAUUACAGUUUCGGCUGAAGCAGGCAUCAUGGGCACCAUAUUCUUCAUAGGGGAGCAAGUAUCCGAUGAAGCUCUCAAAUUUAUAGGCCCUCACUCAAGGCUGCUCUAUCUAUCUGGUAGGCUUAGUUUGCCGGCUCCUCAAUGA